AUGUCAAUCCGAACUCUCAACCGAAAGCGAAAGUUAUGGGGUCUUCAACAACGCGAUCUUCCUCGAGGCCCUCCGCCAGCGAUACAAGCAUCCAUAAGAUCCUCCCACUCAAAAGGACUUAUCUUGAAAGAGAUUCAAGCACGGCUUUACAAAGAAACCGAACUCGAUGUAUCAAUUCGUACCAUCCAAAGAUACCUGCAACAACUCAAAUUAAGACAACAAACAAAUGACCUUCAGGAUGGAAAGGUAUCAUGGGAUAAAGUGAUUGAGUGUAUCAAUCAUGCACGUACUGAGCUCCUCCAAACCUCAGCAGGGUAUCGAAGUAUGCACCGGAUUUUGAAAAGAUUCUAUUCCAUCAGUAUACCUCGAAACACUGUUUAUGAUUUACUCAAGGAGAUUGAUCCAGAAGGCCUGGCCCAGCGGCUCCGCAAGACAUGCAAACGACGUGUCUUUCGCACACAUGGUCCAAAUCAUGUCUGGGCCUGCGAUGGGCAUGAUAAAUUGAAAAGAUUUGGGAUUUGUAUCUAUGGUUUUAUUGACGCUUGGUCCCGUAAGAUUCUUGGGAUGUUUGUUCAUGUAACAAACAAUGACCCCAGACACAUUGGAGUUUAUUUCCUACAAACAGCAGCAAAAGCUGGGGGAAUUCCUCUCAAGGUGACAUCUGAUUUUGGAUCUGAAACUAUCGACAUGGCCGCCUACCAAAUGUUCAUCUCCUACAAACACGCGGGAAUUACUAUUGAAGAAGCAGCAAAACGAAUGCAUUUCACUAAGUCUACCCACAAUCAAAAGAUUGAAGCUCUUUGGUCUCAAAUGAUGAAGCACCAUAACCAAGCAGUGAUUAAUGUCAUAAUGGAGAAGAUUGAAAGUGACUACUUUUUCUAUUUCUCUGGUUGCCAGUUCUCCAGACAAGUGUUGAUAGAUGGGUCCUACACCAAAACAACUCCAGAAAACGCCGGGACCAUUGAAUUACACUCCCCACUGCCUGUACCCCCGAUUUCUCAUAUAGUACACCAGAAUUCUUUGGGACAACUGAUCAACUUCUUCCAGUUCCAGUUAAUUCCAUUGAACAAAUACUUCAACAGGAAUACCCAGAUCAAGAAGCCAUGUUCACCCACACUCCUCCCUGGUUCCAUGAUGUAG